AUGAAAAUCGGCCAGCAGAUCAAGUUUAUUGUCAUCAGCCAGCAGGCGAACUCCUUGUACUCUCUGAUUGCUGAUGGGCAAUACCGCAGCACCUCACUGGGUCGUGACACGUGGAAGUCGUUGAUUGGCUCUGAGGUCUCUUUGCAGUUCAGCUGUAACAAGGAAGGAUUCAAUGCCAUAUCUACUUUGGAACAAAGUUCCAGGGCAAGAAUCGGUAUUCUGGGAAAUAAUGAACUUGGCGAAUGUGAUUCCUGCGAUUCUAGAAUCGGGUUUAGUACUGAAGGGAAUCCAAAUAAUGACAACACGUGUGGAAAUGUGGGACAUAACUCAGGUGAUAAUGGUGAGAAAGACAUUAGAACCAUGGGUUAUAUCUUAGUGCAAUAA